AUUCUUACACGGCUGCGCCCGACCAAAGAAAAACGUCUGCAGUCUGCAGUCUGCUACAAUUUGAUCCCCAUUUCAAGACAAAUUUGGGUUCAAAAUGGUUUGUGAAUGUUGUAAAAACCCAUACUGUGAGUUCCUGUGGAAGUAUUACACCCCGAUUGUCCGGAUAUGGGGCAUGGGGACAGCUGCAGCUUUCUGGGCAGUAGGGAUCACGUCAUUAGAAACCAAAGAUUUCUAUGGAAUCUAUUUCAUUGUUGUGGCUUCCAUCAUCACGCUGCUUGAGGUGAUUUUCUUCUUUGAACCCUGCUUUACGAAAUGCUGCUCACCAGACAGUUGUUGUGGUAAGACGUGGACCAUCGUCUCUUGGCUCGACAACUGGAAACGAAGUGCCAUCUACAUCGCGCUCUCGGUCAUCUGUUUCUUGGACCACGAAAAUAUUUGGUCGAUUGUUGCAGGAGUGGUUUUGGACCUCCUAGCCAUACUCUACCUCCUCCGCACCUACCAGGAGCAAGCCCUCAUGCAUGCUGCCAGCGAGCAAACCCCCCAACAAGCCUCUGCCUCGACCACCAAGUACACCCGCUUCGAUGCCGGGCAGAGCACCAAGAGGAAAGAGAUGGACACUCUGGCUCCCGUGUCCAAGCAGGAAGAACCUGACGAGGACUACAUCAAGGAGGACUCCAAGAAUCCGUUCGGAGACUUCGACGACGAUGAUGACGCAGAUCCAGAAGGAGAUGCUGGCAUAUCACGAUAUCCGUAGUUCUGAACUCAGACAUCGGCUCCGAAAAUGCUUGCUGGCCAGUGUAUAUUGGACGUACAACGAGGUUGAUUGGUGAUCCUUUGAGAGUCAGCCAAACUUUGAAGAGAUUGGGUGCUAGCCUGAUGAUUCCAGAAUAGUACUGGAAAAAAAAUAUAUUCUGGAGACUUGUAUUGUUGUAUAUGUAUAAAACUUUCUGUAUAAAUUUGGUAAGGGGUAGCGUUUAAUUUGGAAGAGGUACAGUAUUGGAUGCAUUUUUAAUUUUUUUUUUUUUUUUUACAAAAGACAGGUUGGCUGAUUAGAUUUUUCAUUCAAAACGAAUAUUUUGCAGCUGCAGUAAUGGCAUUUAUCUUUUGUAUCAUCUUGAAAAAGCAAGAUUUUAGCCUUGUCAAAUCAGUAUAAGGCUGAACAUUACAAAGUAUUAACAUAUUUUUAAAACACUUUCUGAUUAAGGCUUGAAAUCAGUUCGUUUUUUUGUGUGAGUAGAGAUUGUGUAAUUGUAAUGGAAAGCUUUUGAAGCAUCUUGAUUUUUUGAGGAAUUCUGUGGCUCUUUGGGAUAAAAUUCAAAUAAUGUCUUUCUCUUAAUUUCAGAUCUUUGCAACGAGUAUAUUGUAAAAGGAUGUGUAUUUUUUUCAGUCAUUGCUAAUUAAGUUUUUCUGAACUUGCUAUUUAAUGCUAUUUAAUCAUUGAGAAAUAGCUAUAACAAUUGGUUUUAGUGCAAUGUAGCGUUAUCUGAAGGCUUUUUUGGGGUGGACUUGUUACUAUUUAAAUUGUAUUUAUGUUUAAGCUUUUGCUUUGCUAACUUAUUUCAUAACUCAAAAUCCAUCAAGAUUCAAAAAGGGGGG